AUGGCUGAUUACUGUCAACACGCCAAACAUCUCGCCGAUCAACUGCAAAGUGUCGGCUCUCCGGUGGACGACAGGACGCUAGUCAUUAAAAUCCUGACCGGACUAACUGAACAAUACGACAGCAUCUCUACUGUCUUGCAAAACCGUGAUCCCCUUCCCGAUUUUAAUGAGGUUCGGUCUCGUCUCAACAUGGAAGAACAGAAGAAAAAGCGCCAGACUAGCUGCGGUGCUCAAGCCGCCGCCACCGCACUCGCCACCACCAGCUCCCUGUCGUCCUCCGCCAACCCGCAACAGCCCCCAUCUACUUUCUUCCCGUCUUCGGAUCGCGGCCGUGGUGGUCGCUCACGUGGUGGUCGCGGACGCGGUGGUGGUCGCGGACGUGGUGGUGGUCGCGGACGCGGCCGUGGCCGCAACUACUAUGGCCGAGGCAACUACUCGAAUAAUCGAUACCAAAAUCAGCCAAAUACGUCUCAUCCGUACAUUGUCUUUCCCAGCAAUUGGACGGCUGCGCAAUGGGCCGGUCUCCUCAAUCACAACGCCUCGGCCCAACCCCCCUGCCCAUACCCUUCAAAGUCGGCUCCAUCCUCAUCUCAAGGCAUACUAGGCCCGCGGCCAGAUCAAGCUCAUCAGACAACUUACUCGCCCACUGACAUCGAGCAGGCGCUUUACUCACUGGCACUUAAUCAAUCAGACCCGGGGCUGAUGGAUACAGGAGCUACAUCUCACUCUGCCAAUGAGCAAGGAUCUCAAAACACGGGCUCCUAUCCUACGAUGCAAUAG